UCCAAUUAAGAAUCCAACACCUAAUCCAAAUCCACAGAGUUCACUCACAUCCGCCCCGUGAAGACAGUAGAAUAGAGCAAUAUCCCCUCACCUCAUGGCGAUGCGGCCCAAGUCCGACAUGUCCCCGCCGCCCUCCGACCAGAGGGGCGCUGUCAUCGAGGAGCUGAGGAAGGGCGCUCAGCUGGCUGACCGCCUCCGGCAACAACUGGAGCUCAUCCCGGAGCUCGGUCGCCGCAGCGCCGCGCUGGCCAGCGUGAGCAACAUCUCCACGGCCCUAGUGUCGUCCGCCUCUAUGCUGGAGUCCAACAGAGAGCAGUACGGCUGCUCCUCCCCCGACCCCGGGGCGGCAGCCUAUGCUGCCGGCGCCUCCGGUAAUGGCGGUGGCAUUGGGGCGCGAAAUGGAGCCAUUGCCCGCACCAGGAAGGCAAAGCACCGGCGAGGCCCCCAUGGCGAGGAGCUUCCAAUCAAAGGGAGGAUACUAACUGAGACACCAGAAAAUGAUGGGUUCCACUGGAGGAAAUAUGGCGAGAAGAAGAUCCUGAAUGCUGUUUUCCCAAGGUCAUACUACAGAUGCGGAUACAGCGACGAGCACAGGUGCCCGGCAAAGAAACUUGUGCAGCAGCAAAACAACAUCGACCCUCCUGUGUUCAUGGUCACCCUGAUCAACGACCACACAUGCAGCAGUCUGUUCCCUGCUAAUGAUCAACCACCCAGCAGCUCAAACAGUGCUACUGUUAACUCACAAGUGCUGGACUUCACCAAAGCAUCGCUCUCUUCAGCUGUUGGUCUCUCGAGGUUGAAGAAAGAGGAAGACGCAGGCAUGUCGGUGACCGUGCCUAGCUACACGUAUGAGGAGUUGGCUUCUUAUUCCUCGCUGCCGUUGCUCUCGCCGAAGGAGUGGGAGAUGGAGAUGGAGAUCAAGUCACUUUUUCGUCAUCACUCGGGAGGUGGUACUUAGCUAGCAAGUUAUUCUGUGAAACUUGUUUUUCGCUAGCAAGGUCACUUUGUUGCGUCCAAAUAACUACCUAAACCUGAAUAAUUGCAUGGAUUUAUGUACACGCUCUAGUGUGGUAGUGCUAGCAGUAUGACAGCACAAGUACAAGAAAUGUCUUUCUGAGAUGUAUAACUGACUUGCGCUUAAUAACCUUUGGAGUGGAACAGGCCUGCGGCCAUAUGGUUAGUUGCCUAUCUUCUCACGCUAAAUGUAAUUAUAAUUAAUUAGCUUUUCAUGUU